UUUCCUGGUACAGUCGGCGCUGCUCAGCUCCAUCUCAAACACCGCUGGCUGAGCGCUCCUAUCGGGCUUUUCUUCGUCGUCUCUCCGGUGGCUGACACUCCUUACUGCUGCCAUCAUGUACCGACAUGCAGCGUUUGUUUUAUUGCUGGCCUCUAUAACCGUGUUCCAGCUGUCACAUGGUGUUGAGGUAUCGGUCAACGACAGUGACAAUAAGUUAUGCUUAUAUGCCAAUCUAAUGGUGAACUUCUCAGUCUCCUAUGAAGAAGCUGGCAAUAAGAGUGCAACAGCUGAGUUUGAACUUCCUGCUGACGUCACAACAGAGGGAAGUGAAUGUAAUAAAACAAGCUCUAUGCUGAAGCUUAAUUUUGGUGGACACACCUGGAGUGUGAGCUUCACCAGCGAUGGAGCUAAAUACCAGGCAGAUUCUGUCACUUUUUCCUACAACCUCAGUGACAAGACCACCUUCCCUGGUGCUGCAUCAAACGAAACCCUCUCCCUUACCGUAAAGCCUGAGAUUAACGAUGUAACAGAGGGCACCUGCUACUCAUGCAAAAGCAGAGACACCAUCGUGUCUGAAUUGGUCAAUCAGACUCUGUGGAACGUGCUCAUGCAGGCUUUUGUUGUCAACGGCAGCAAGAGUGAAGCGAUUACCUCCUGUGCUGCUGAUUUACCAGUCACCACUGUUGCUCCCACGACUCACACCCCAACUACAGGACCAGCCCCUACCACCCCGACCCCCACCCUCCCCACACCCACCACUGGGAAGUACAUCAUCAAGCCCGAUGAGAACAGCACGGCCUGUCUGUUAGCCAACUUUGGCCUACGGAUUGGUCUGAAGCUGGGGGAGAAAUAUCAGGAGAUGAACUUGGACCCUAACCCUAACAAAACCGCAGCCUCUGGACAAUGUGGAGUCAACUCCAGUGAUCUGGUGUUGGUGUCUGACACAAUGGCCAUCACGCUCACGUUCACCAAUGACACAAAGAAAUUCCGCCUGCAUGCUCUAAACAUCACUGGAAAGACAAGCUCAGGUGUUGCAUUUUCGGAGGUCAACACCAACCUGAGUCUGUGGGAGGCAGCUGUGGGAGCCUCCUACAUGUGCAACAAAGAGCAGAACUACACCAUCACCAACCAGCUCACCCUCUUCACCUUCGAUCUUCGAGUGCAGCCAUUUGGAGUCAAGGCAGGCGUUUUCAGUACAGCCGAGGAAUGCCAGAGCGAUGCAGAGAGCUUCCUUGUUCCCAUAGCUGUCGGCGUUGCCCUGCUUGUUCUCAUUCUUAUCGUUCUGAUGGCCUAUUUCAUCGGGAGAAAGAGAAACAUGGCCACCGGCUACGAGUCUUUCUAGAUAAAACUCACCUCAAACAUAAAUCCUAAUGCCACACAAAGGAUGGGUUUCUCUGUUUGCUUCGCUGCCUUUGUCUGACUGUGAAAAAUGUCCAACUUGUGUGUUACUGAUCUUUCUCUGCUGUUGUUGACAUAAUGGGAGGCAUCCUAUUUAAUUUAGUAACGAAUCUGAUGACAAGAUUGAUGCCAUCUUGAAAUAUCAACUUGCAGCCAGUUAGCUUAGCAAAGCUUGGAAAAUGGCAGCCUGCAUUUAUUUAGAAAUAUACCUGCCAGCACCUUGACAACUCAUUAAUGUUAUUGUUUUGACACAGCAGGGGUGUAGAUACAAUAUUUCUGGGACUAUUUCGGACCCCCUUGAAAACCAGAUGAUUCAUCCUGUCAAUACAUUAUUUUGUUUUGGCAGGAUGCAUUGAGUUACAGUCUCCUGAUGAUGACAUAAAACGCUGGCUUCCAAUUACUUUUUAUAGAGGUUACUUAUUAAAGGAACCUGGAAAUUUAAAUCUACUCUGGGGGGCCAAACUCAACCCAGGAUUUUACUGGGGGCUGAGGAAUGGAUUGCUUUCAUGCUUGAAUAUUUCUGACCUUAAACCAUAUAUAGAAAUGCGUUGCUUUGAAUUAAGAAUAUUUAAGAUUAGAAAAAUAGUAUUUUAAAUUGCCAGUACUUGUCUUACGACAGGGGUGUCCAAACUUUUUCCACUGAGGGCCAUGUACAGAAAUAAAUGAGGACAGUGGGGUCACUAUCUUAUACCUCAUCUUGGGGAUAUUACAUUUGGUAAAACCAAUCUAAUGUUGGUUAAAGUAUGCCAUUGGUGAUUGAGUAAGCCUAAAUGACUUUAUAAUGAGGAAGAAGACAUUUUGGGGAGGCCAAUCAGAUUUCAGGGACCACUGGCUCCACCCCUGAAAUGUAAUUGCCGUAAUUUAUUAGGGCAUUAUAAAUCAAGAUAUCAUUAUUAUUUUGGUUGCCAGCGUGUUUACCAUAAGCAGUUUUGUCUCAGGCCCCGUUCACAUGGAGACGAAUUCAGGAGUAUACGCUAAGGUUUUUUGUCAUAUCAGCAUUUCAUCCACACGGAAACAGCGUUUUGGGAAGCUGUAAACGCUACUUUUUGAAACCGGGUCCCAGAGUGAACAAAUCUGUAUAUGCAUACCGUUUUGUCUACGUGUGGACAGCCAACCUCAACCUUCUUUCUUAGUAAUACAGUGCCACAUACAGGCUUGGCAUAUGUACUGCGUUUUCAGUUAUUUUCAGUGGUUCCGUGCUUCCGCAACAUUUCCUAAAAUGAUCCCGUAUUUACAGAAAACGUUUUCAAAACAAAAUGGAAAUAUAAAGUUUUCAUCUCCAUGUGGACAAGGCCUCAGUUUAGUCACAAAAACAUUAAAUUCUUCAAGUCAAAAUGUUUGUUUACAGAAUUAAAAUGAAACCACCACUUUGUGCUUAAACUAUGAAGUACAAUAAGUCAAAACACAAGCUUUAUGUUCUAAUAUGUGUCAUAUUUCAUUUAAUUUCUAGAAUUUGAUGCAGUCCAAUCAAAAAUGGACUGCUGGCUGCAUUUGGCCCCCAGGCCAUAGCUUGGACACCCCUGACUUAGGGUCUUAAUUGCAAAUUUAAGCUCCAUACAGAGCCAGGCUUGCUGCUUAAUGCUAAGCUAUAUUAACCUGCGCUGUAGUGUUUCAUUCCAUUUUUGUUAAAGAGUGGUUCUGAUUUUAUGAGCUGCCUCCCAUUUUGCUCAACCUGUUCUGACUCUUACUUUAAUUUGCUCAUUCUGCCUAAUACUGAGUUUCAUGCAGGAUAAAAAGUAACCACUUGAAUGAUUUCUACCUUGUGUCUUUGGAGUAUCUAAUCCUUUCCUAUUAUCUACACUACAUUUUUUAUUACUGAUCUCACUUUUUUGUAGGUUUUAAUCUCCUUUCCUGCUGCUCUGCCUCUUCCUCUAAUCUUUAGUGGUUUGUAAAUAUCUGAAAUCCUCUUGUUGGUGUUUUUUCUGCUUACUAAACCACUAACCUGCCUGUCUGUCUCCUCUCUGUCUUUCUGUCUGUCAGCUGAGGAAUGCUUCCUGGACUCUGAUUUGAGCUUUUUGGUGCCCAUCGCAGUUGGCGUGGCGCUCAGCUUCCUAAUCGUCCUUGUGCUUAUCUCUUAUCUGAUUGGCCGAAGGAAGAGUCGCACUGGCUACCAGUCCGUAUAA